AUGCGUCUUUCUAGCUCUCGUGCAAUCAUCCUCCACCCACUAGUAGCACCUGUGGGUGGUGCUCUUUCUCCCGAAGCGCGUAUUGUUGCCGAGUGGCUACGCUCGUUAAGCCCUUGUAACGUUAUUGCAGCGGAACCGCUAAGCCUUUUGGACUUCACGUGCGACGAGAAUGUUCAUGUGGUGCUUAGCUUCUUAGACGGCCCAUCGCUAUGCUCAGCACGCAGCGUUUGUCGCUCGUGGCACUCUAUGAGCAAUGAUGAUAAUCUUUGGCUGAAUUUGUGCCUUCAAGAGUUCCACGUGUCGCCGGAGCAUCUCACUUCGCAGCCUGAGAGUUAUCAAAAGCUUUAUCAAUUCGCUUGUCGCUCGCUUAAGACGCUACUUCGUGAUUAUCUGCACGAGCAAUGCCUCAUUAAUUUGCAAAAAUCAUUGCGGAUCCCACGAGCUGCCGCCAUGACGCUUAUCGAAUCACGGGCGACCAUGUGA